AUGAGUCAAGAAACGGAAGAAAGUUUAGAAUCAUGGCUUCACAAUCUAGAAUGGUCCCAAUUGCUAUCAUUGCAGAAACAACUCGUGUCGGAGAUGGACAGAAGGUACUGUGAACUAAGUACAACAAAAGAAAUUAAUGUCAAGAAUGAAUUAGAUGAAAUGGUAGAAGAGCUUCCCUCUACUCAAUUUGAUCCAGUACUCCAUAAAACGCACUCUAAACGGUGUGGAACUGAUCUAUCUGCUGGCAGAAGGACUAUAAAGAAGGAAGAAUUAUCGGAAGCAAUUUCACUUCGGCGGAACAUGGAGUUGUUGAGUUCCCCACUCAAAGAAAACGAGAUUAUUCUUGAUUCACAGGCAUCGGACAUACUGAAGGAACAGGAUACUAAUAUUCGAUUAUCUCAGCAAGCUGUGGACUUGAAACAAAGACUACCGAAAUCCCCAGUAAAACGCACUCUUUUCUCUCAAAGUAGCACAGAAAACAACAAGAAACAGAAAUGUAUGAUUGAUUUUAAUAUUAAUCCAAUAACUAAGAAACCUUGGAUCUACGAAGAUUUUAAGCCAAAUGAUUCAAUGUCAGAUAAAAAGGGCAAAAGGACAUCAAAAAAAGUCGCUCGUUUCCAUGAAAAGGCAGGAUCUCCUAUCAAAGACAAACAACGGACAAUAUUAAAUGAUAAUGGUUUAUUGGAAACCGUUGAUCAUCAGACUCAGAGGCAGCAGCAACAAUUUACCCCAAAGAAACAAGAGAUUCCGGAUUUGCACUUUGAGGAUGACUCAUUCGAAAAUCUUAGAGUAAGAUCGAAAUCUCCACCUGGCUAUGGACGUCUGAACUUCCCUACAACUCAAGAAAGAAUUGACGAUAAAGAGGAGUCUAAAAAACUUCUAUACCAGAAAACUAAGGAACGUUUUUUAGAAGCCACUAAUAAUCUCGUUCCAAUUACGGAAAGAGAAUUCUAUUUCAGGAACUCAAAGCUAAAUGAUAUUGUAGAUGAUGGAAAUUUUACAUGGACAGCAGAAGAACUGAAAAUAUUUACUAGGUAA